UCAACGUGAAGGGCGGAAGCUUCAAGAUGAAAGCAACGAAGGAAUUACUGCUGCUCGAUGUGAGAGACACACCUUCUCCUGUUACCGGCACAUAUGGGCCAAUGGAAAAUAGAGGCAACAUUGUUUACAAGUUCGUUGAAGUAGGACCACAUCUUCCCAUCGUCAUGCAGAGCUUGGAUGAUGCGGUAUCAAAGGCUGUUGAGUUGAUCAAGCAUUUGGCUCAGGUCAAUAGCUACCAAAUUGAGAGUGCCACAACUGAGGAUGUGAUGAAAUUGUAUCAACUACUGCGAUUGGUGCCAUACGAAGGAUUAGAAGUGAUGUGGAAGCAGUUUGCGGCACAUGACGAGUACAGACGGUGGUUUUUGGACACGGUUGUGGAAGUCAACGAUGCCAGAAUCCUUAAGUUCCUCCAGAUGAGGUUCCAGAAAGGAGACAUAACUGUUUCCGAGGCCUUCCAAACGCUCUUAUUGGCCUUCGAACACCUUGAGCCUCUUCCUGAACUGGUUGAGAUGGCUAAAGGGUUCCUGAGCCUGCCCUACAGUCGAUCUAACGUCUUUAUAUGGCAAACUGUGGCACUUUCUUAUGGCUCACUGGUGUACAAGCACUGCACCUACUACACACCUUGUCCAGUGUCUGCUGUUCAG